UUUAACAAAGCGUAGGGAUGCUUUAAUGUUGUCAGAUGCUUAAUAUAAAAAUCUGAGCCUGUCAGUGGCAAAACAAACACUUUAAAUGGACGUAAAUAGACAGUGCCAAAUGCCCCAAGCAGUUACAUUGCAACUGGUUUUGCUGCUGUCUGCAAGGCUCUCAGAUAAUACUGAACCAGUUUCAAAAAUCAUUGCUCCUGUUAUUCGCUUAGAUACAAAAAAAUAUGUGAAAAUUGAGUCCAGGUUAAAAAAUACCCAAGUUACCCUUUAAUAUCUUCAGAUUGAACCACAAUUUAGAAAAAGGGUAAGAGAUGAUUGUAGGCUAUCAUCACGAUAAGGUUCCACUAAGAGCCAAUAAAUGAUAAUAUUGAAAUAUCGCCAGCCCUAAAUAUUAACAGUAGACUAUAUGGGAAAUUUAAUUUUGCAUAUAUAUUUUUUUCUGACAAAGAAAAUCUUGCUAUUAAUCAGCCUGAUCUAAAAGAAUAAAUAAAUAAAAAAUUAAGGUUGAACGCAAAAUAAUGGGCUAAAUGUAAUGAUAAAAACACUGACAGUUAAUUCUGCGGUGCAGCCUGUGAUCUGUUCCCGGUGACGCGGUGUGACUUCACACGGAGGCUGGAGGAGGACACCGCCGCUCCGCGCAGCUCUCUGACCGUCUCCUCUCCUUCUCUCAGCGGGCGUCACGCUGCACUAAAGCCGGAGGGAUGGAGCCAGCGGGCGCGUACGGCGCCGGGAAGGCCGGGAGCGUCGCCUUCGAUCCGGUCGCCUUCUUCACGCAUCCCCGGACAAUCCUCAGACUGAUGUCGUGGGUUUUCUCCAUGGUGGUGUUCAGCUGCAUCGUGAACGAGGGCUACAUCAACAUCGGCAGCGAGCGUUUGCUCUGUGUCUUCAACAACAAUGCCGAUGCCUGUAACUAUGGUGUUACCGUGGGCGUGGCCUGUUUCCUUGGCAGCAUCUUUUUCAUGAUCCUGGACAUUUACUUCCCCUCUAUCAGCAGCAUCAAGGACAGAAGACGUGCUGUCCUGCUGGACCUCAUUUUCUCUGGUCUUGCCAGCUUCCUGUGGUUUGUUGGCUUUUGUUUUCUGGCCAAUCAGUGGCAGGCCACCUCUCCAGACGAGCUGCCAUUGGCCCAGGGCUCCGACGCCGCCAGAGCCACCAUCGCUUUCUGCUUCUUCUCCAUCCUGACCUGGGCUGUACUGACGCUGAGUGCACUGCGGCGCUUCUUAACCGGCAGCAACACAAACUUGUUCACAUGGCAACACCUGGAUCCUCCCCCCGGCAAUGCUCGAGCUACACCGUACCCCAUUGCCAACGGAGCUACCAUAGUAACCACCAACCCCUAUCAAGCGCCGCCCUUCACUGAAACACUGGACCCCCAGAAACUCACACAGCAGAGACCCAUGGCUCCUGCCUUCUAGAGACAGACAGACAGAUGGACAGAGGUGUGAGUUGAGCGACACUGAAUACGAUGCAGGCACGGACAACUUCCUGCCUUGCUGAUUGGUGGCUUUCCAUCCUCUCCUGGGAUUGGUGGGGUUUUGGGUCAUGUGAUGAUGUAUGAUCUAUUUUCACCAUGGCAACUGCUGGCUUAGUUAGUUGUUACUCUCUGUGUCAAGAAUACUGUCUUCUUUUGUUCAUGCUCACACACACAGAUAUUGAUGCACGCAAACACAGCUGUACUCACUCACACCUGGAUAUACGUUUUACACCUGGAAAUACACACACACAUAUAUAAAUAUAUAUAUACACACCUGGAGGCACAGACUCAAACACACACACACCCUUACUGCAUGUUCAUUCAGUGAGGUGCAGAUUAACAUAGAUGUAGACCAGUGAUGAUACUCCAUCUGCCUUAUUGAGGAAUACAAGGUCUUCAGUGAAGGAAAUAUGGAGGACAGGGAAGCUUUGUAGCUCCGUUUAUCUGCUUCUGUUUGCCCACAGGCAGUCUGACCAAUCACAAGCUGUCCUGCAGACAUGUGGCCUCCAAUUGGCUGAAAUUGAGACAAGCAGGCAGCUUGAUCAAUAGAUCGCAACAAAAUGAGCGUAGGUGGCAGAAAGUGGUACAUUUUCUUGGCAAGAAAAUAAAGACAGGAUAGCUUAAUGCAUUCUGAAUGCUAUAGUGUUUCAGUGUGAAAUAUUCAUGUGAUUAAAUAUUUUAUUGUGAUAUGCUGAAGUGGUAAAAUGAAAUAUGAAAAAAAAAUAAAAUCUAC